AUGGAUGAAUUGAAGCCUGGGAGGCAGGAGUGGGGCAUGCUCUCUAUCAAAGAUGGGAGAGAAGGUUUUCUGAAAAGAGUGCUCUUCAAGUGCCUGCCUGUGGAUUUAAGUGGAAUUAGAGGAGCUGCGGGAAGAUCCCCUACAGAAGAGAAUGGCAACCCACGCCAGUAUUCUUGCCUGGAGAAUUUCAUGAACAGAGGAGCCUGGCGGGCCACAGUCCAGAGGGUCUCAAAGAGUCAGACACCACUGAAGCCACUUAGCAUGCAUGUAGAGGAGCUACAGGGGAGGCAGGGGGUGUUUGCGUUUCCUCCCUGA